UCUUGUAGAUCAUUUGAUGAACACUUGUAUUAGCGCCCCCCAACAAAAACAGACAACUUGCCAGAUCGUGACAUGGUUAACGCAUCGAGUGUCUGAAAAGCCAAAUUUUUUUUUAUCUGUCCAACUUCCCCGGAAGAUCCAAUCUCACACCCUAUCUUCAACCCAGAUUUUUUUUUCUAGAUAUAUUACAAGAUUCUGCGAAAAUCAAUCCUUCACUCUCGAAUUUGAUCCAAUCAUGGAUCCAACAACUACUCCUCUCCUACCCACCGGCGACGAGGAUGGCAGCCGCCGAUGCGCCUGGAUCCGCCGCCGUCUCCGCCUGAAAACCCCAAUCUCCUCCGAGAUAUCCGGCGCCGUCGGAGACCUCGGGACCUUCAUCCCCAUCGUCCUAACCUUAACCCUAGUCUCCAACCUCGAUCUCUCCACCACCCUCAUCUUCACGGCUCUUUACAACAUCGCCACCGGCCUCCUCUUCGACAUCCCCAUGCCCGUUCAGCCCAUGAAGUCCAUCGCCGCCGUCGCCGUCUCCGAGACCCCUCACCUCACCACCUCUCAGAUCGCCGCCGCCGGAGCCUCCGUCGCCGGCGUUCUCCUCCUCCUCGGCGUCACCGGUGCCAUGUCCUUCCUCUACCACCUCAUCCCCCUCCCCGUCGUUCGCGGCAUCCAGCUCUCUCAGGGCCUCCAGUUCGCCUUCACCGCCGUCAAAUAUGUUCGCUUUAAUUACGACACCGCCACUCUCAAGCCAUCCUCUGUUCCUCGGCCCUGGCUCGGCCUCGAUGGCCUAAUCGUCGCCUUCUCCGCUCUGCUCUUCAUUAUCUUGUCCACAGGAUCUGGUGACGGCGCAGAAACCGACAGUGAAGAGAGCAACGAGACUACUCCCGUCAGAAGGAGACUGCGUACUCUGUCGGCGAUUCCUUCUGCGCUCAUCGUGUUCGUUGUUGGGCUGGUGUUCUGUUUCGUUCGCGACCCUUCGAUCUUCGGGGACCUGAAAUUCGGUCCGUCCAAGUUCAAGAUUCUGAAGAUCACUCUGGAGGAUUGGAAAAUCGGGUUUCUCCGGGGAGCGAUUCCUCAGAUUCCUCUGUCUUUACUGAACUCAGUGAUCGCUGUCUGCAAGUUAUCCAAUGACUUAUUCGACAAGGAACUUUCCGCGACGACAGUCUCUGUCAGUGUCGGAAUGAUGAACUUAGUCGGAUGCUGGUUCGGAGCAAUGCCGGUUUGCCAUGGCGCUGGAGGAUUAGCAGGGCAAUACCGGUUUGGUGCUCGUAGUGGAUUAUCUGUAAUUAUUCUUGGAUUAGGGAAACUGAUCGUUGGUUUAGUGUUUGGAAACUCGUUUGUGAGGAUUCUGAGUCAGUUCCCCAUCGGAAUUUUGGGCGCCCUUUUGCUGUUUGCAGGGAUCGAACUCGCCAUGGCCUCAAGGGACAUGAACUCGAAAGAGGAGUCCUUUGUCAUGUUGGUUUGUGCGGCCGUAUCGAUGACUGGCUCGAGCGCCGCCUUGGGGUUCGGCUGCGGAUUACUUCUUUACUUGCUCUUGAAGCUAAGAACUCUCGAUUGUUCAUCUUUCGGUAGACGGGCUGCUGACUCUGUGGCGUAAACGAGUCAUGGGUGUAUGGAUUCGAGAUGAUGCACUAUCAACCGAUUUAGGAAAAGUGUGAAGCUUUAUAAUUAAAAAAUGUAACCUUUAUUGUUUGUGAAACGAUAGAAUUCGUCGUACAUU